GUGGGAGUAGCCACAUUAGCCUGGCUUGUUAAGCCAGGCUUACCAUAACAUUGGUGUGCUUAGGAAUCUGAAAUGUCUGUAAGUGACGUAACGUGACGACUGCCCUUGGACCGCUCUGUGUAAGUGAGGUGAAGCAACAACUGUCCUGGGACCGUGCUAGUUCUACUCGCACCAUGUUCAAGUGCACCUGGAUUGGGUGCCAAGAGAUGACUGCUGCUUGUGAUGCCAUUGAGAGACACAUACGUUCCACACACCUUGGGCGUGAAGAAAUUAACAGUGAUCACAGUGACAGCGACAGUGAUGAUGAUGAUCACGAGGAAGAAUUUUACUGGACAGAAGUUGAAGUUAAUGUAGCUACAUGGGUUGAUCCUUGUGAGCCUCUGGUUGCCUCCAUUACUCCAGCUGUCACACCUGCUCCUCUCACUACUCUUAAGCUAAUUACCUCGCCACCUACACCCACAUCCAAUUCACCCCAUGCUGUUGGAAUUACAUUCCCAACAGUGCCAGUGCAGCAGUCCCAACCUCAGUAUAUCCAUGUCUCUUCGCCACCUACGCUCAGCCAUAUGGACAUGGCACGACCACCACAUGAAGAUCCAAGAUACAAACAGCAUUUGGGAGGGCAAUCUGCAAACCUCUCCAGCUCUUGGCCUCGCAGCUCUACUUAUCUGGGAUCUGGACGUGGCAAAAUACGAGUGAGUUCUUCUCCAAAAGCAUCACCUGGCAGAGGGAAAAGAAAUGGGGAAAGUCGCAAGUGCCGCAAAGUGUAUGGCAUGGAGCAGCGUGACCUCUGGUGCACACAGUGCAAAUGGAAAAAGGCCUGCAGUCGCUUUGGGGAGUGAAGGACCUCACAGUCCUCCACAUGACAGGUGUGCUGGACUGCAAUUUAAAAAAAAAAUUACAUAGGUACAAUCAGUGCUUAUACAAUCCUGAAAAAGAGAUCACAAGAUUUGGGGGGCAAAAAACAUACGAAUCCUCAGAACACUGUGAGAGUGUGAAGUGAUAAUAAAUAUUGAUCAUCACUAUCAGUAAGUGUUGCCAUAACUGUUUCUCUCAAGUGUGCACUGCAGCAUGUAAUAUAAGUGUUAAGGGUGAUGAUUCUUUAAAGGUUACACCUUGCUUAAUAUUACAUAGCAUAGGUACACCAAUAGCUCAAUACAGUUGGUUGGUUACUAUCAGAUAUUUCCUUGUCUUUUAUAGUAAACUGAAUGAAAAGAAAUAAUGAACUGGCUUGAACUGUCUCCCCCAAUUCCCAAGGAUCUGUAUAUCACUGCCCCAUUGUUGAAUGUGAUUUGCAGUAAGUUGAAAAGUUGUUGAAAUGGUAAUUGAUUUAAGUGUGAACUCUGCUGUGAUAUAAAACAAAGUGGUAGGAACACAUUGAUUCAUUCAUCCAACUUUUAAAUUAAAAGCUGGUGAACAUCUCAUAAAAUUUCAAAUUAAAAAGAAAAAUGUGGAAAUGAAGAAACCAUUUAUAGUGAAAGCAUUUGUAACAUUCUAGCGAAGAAAGGCUUCCAGAUCUCCAGCACCUCUUUUAUAAAAACCAGGCUGAAACUGCAUAAAUUAUAUAUAGUAAUAUGCAACAGAUAAUAUGACCUGUUUAAAUAGCUUACAUGCUGUGUAUUUUAAAAUUAAGGCAAAAAGGUCUUUCCGUGUAUGUCAUUGUAUUUUAGCCAGAGUGAAAUGUGGACAAGGUAAGCCAUAGGUGAUGAGUGGAUAUGAACAUUCACAAUAAUUUUUACCCAGAGUAUGUAUACUUUUCGUGUAAUACUACCAUUAGUAGAAUCCAUUGAGCAAUACUUCAUGUUCAAGACUGCAGUAAAAAUCACCUAUGCUUCCAAGUCCUGUAAUAUUACUUUUAUAAUUAUAUUUUAUUUUCAGGUGUAAAGUGUCUGAUAAGCAUAUAAUGCAAGCACUUGAAAUGUACAAACAAGUCAUGAUAAUCUUAUGAUGCUCACAUGUCUGUGCAACUAUAAGUAUAGACUGGUUGAAGGCAGGAGAGUGCUCAGAGAUAUUUCAAAAUUUUCAUGUACUAAUAUUAAGAGUUCCCCAUCUCAGCUAAGUAUAGCAAUGUACAGUACUGUUGCUAGUCUGCUUCAAUAAUAGCUAAUUAUAAACUUUUGCUGAACUAUGGAGUACUUACAUGAGCUCAGUUUAAUGUUUUUUGGGGGUUCAGCUGUGCUCUAGUAAUAUUAAUUCCAUUCAGCAAGAGUUUGAAUCCUGUUUGACAAAAAAUAGUCAAGAAUUAAUUCACUAGUUCUCUCAAAAAAAGGGUUGCCAUGGACUCUCACUACUGGCAUCAAGUAAUAGAAAUAUUUAAUACUUAAAGGGUUAAGAUUCUUUGAAAGCUAAGCAUCAGCUGCCAAGAUAUAUAUUGCUUAUGUACUUAUUUAAGGACAAAAUUUAUGGUAGGGAAAAGAAGUCAUUUUUUCACUGUAACUCUUGAAGUGUUAAGGAGCACUCUCUAGUCUCCUCACAGUGUAGCAUUUUUAUUGCAGCAGUAAAUCAAUUUCCAAUAUUCUUUGUAAACUUAUAGACCUAGCAAACUGAGAAUGUUAUAUGGGAAGAAAAGGAAAGCAUAGGUAAGCUAAUCUAUGGCAACAUAUCAGUCAGGUGAUGAAGAGCAUUGCUGAAAAGGUAUUUUAUCUCUUAACUAAACUGAGAUGAAGUCAUGAUAUGAGUAGCAUAAGUUUUGGAAACCUCAGAGAAAUUUUUUCUCAUUCUAGAAUACUACAAUUUGCCAUAUUUGAUGAUUUUUAGUUUAUAUAUGGCAUUAAUUUUAUACUUAUUUUUUAUCCAUGACAUAUAAUUAAUGGAUAGUAAGGGACCAUGCUAAUUGGAAAUACUUUUGGUAGGCCUUGCAGACAAAAAAGCCGAGAUAUUUGAGAAUUGGUUGCACACAAUUUCACCUGACCCCCUGAUUGUAAUUACUUUAUUGAAAUGAUUCUUAAAUCAUGCUUAUAGGAUAUGAAUUUGUUAGCACCCAUAUAGUAUUUAAGAUAAUGUUAUGGAAUUGUGUGUAGAGGGUUGUAUUUAUUCAGAAAACAAAUUUGAAAAAAAAAAAAAGUUCAUGUAUUUAAAUAAGAUUGAAAAUUUGGACAGUUUGACAGAAUUUUUAUUUAAAGAUUAGGCAGAAGCUUGGCCAU